AUGUGGGCCAACCUAAAGCCCACCCAACGAAGGCCACACGCAGCAGACCAUUCACCGACCCAAGCCCACAGACACAGAUCACUAGAACGGUUCAGUUACUCAGCAAACAUCCCACAUGUAGCAUCACCUGCGCGCGACAGCAAAACACCCACCCAACCCACACCGCAGCAUAAACGACGGCCCCUAAAAAGCCCCUCAACACCUCCCCACCGGACCACCAGCCACGCCAGACGCUCGCCACGCCACACACCCCACCACUCCAACCCAACCCACCCCCCACCCACCCACCCAACACAACACCCCCCCCCCCCCCAACCGCCAACAAACCCCCCCCCCCCCACCCCUAACCCCCCCCCCCCCCACCCAACCCCCCGAAACCCACCACCCCAAACCACCCCUACCACCACCAAACACCAACCCCAUAACCCUAUCUCUUAUACAAAAACCACCCACUACCAAUAG